GGUUAUUAUUAUAUUUUAAUUAAAUUUAAUGUAAUUAAAUGAGGUAAAAUAACACGUGUAUUAUGUCGACUCAAGUUAAAAAAAAUUUACAGGAAGAAGAUAUUGAAGAUCCUGUUGAACGCAUGUUGAAAAAAACUGGUUGUAUUGAAUUACAUUAUGACGUUCAGGAAUGUAUUGCUGCUACUCAAGAUUGGCGUAAAUGUCAAGACGUAGUGCAGAAAUUUAGAGCCUGUAUGGAAAAGCAUCAAAAGGAAAGAUCCCAACAUUGAAAAUAAUAAUAAUUGCUUUAAAUAUGGGUCAG